CCCAAUUAUAAAAUACUCCUAAACACCCAAACCCUAAUCUGCUAUCUCUGUCCGCCGAGCCCUGCGUUCACUUCACAUUCGAUUGAAAAUGACAACCCGCUUGAAGAAGAAUCGCAAGAAGCGCGGUCACGUGAGCGCUGGGCACGGUCGUAUCGGAAAGCACCGCAAGCAUCCUGGAGGUCGUGGUAACGCCGGUGGCAUGCACCACCACCGAAUCCUAUUUGACAAGUACCAUCCCGGAUACUUCGGUAAGGUAGGUAUGCGCUACUUCAACAAGCAUCGCAACAAGUUUUACUGUCCAACCGUCAACAUUGACCAACUCUGGUCACUCGUCCCGCAAGAGGUGAAGGAUAAGGCUUCCCAGGAGAAGAAGGCUCCGUUGAUCGAUGUCACGCAGAACGGUUACUUCAAGGUCUUGGGAAAAGGUGUGCUCCCUCACAACCAGCCUGUUGUCGUCAAGGCUAAGCUUAUUUCCAAGCUCGCUGAGAAGAAGAUCAAGGACAAUGGCGGCGCCGUCCUUCUCACCGCAUAAGUUUCUUUUUAAUCUUUUUUUUCGUUUUCUUGUGAUCUGUUCGUUCUUUUUAUCUGGGAUCUGUUUUGAGACUGUUACACUGAUUUCUUUGAUUUAGAUGUUAGUUUUAAUUUUACUUACUGUUAUGGAUAUUUUUUAGAAUGCACACAGGAAAACCUGCUUGGUUCAAUUCAAUAUAAUUUUAGUUA